GCGCUGACGAGGAAGGAGGAGGAGGCUCGCGCGUAAAAGAGAGUGGCUCGCCGCGCCCCUUUCCUCCUCAGUUGCCACCAGCCAUUGCCGGGGUGGCUUCCUGCUUACUCGCCUCUCCUCCUUUCCGUUGCUGCCUUUGCAGAACCUUUCCGAGGGCGCAGUUUUCGAGGCGGCGGCAGCAGCAGGAUUCUUUUUCCUCACGCACAUACAGAGCUACAGACCCUUCCCUCCCCACCUCGCUUCGGUCGCCAUGAAUCCCAGCUGUGCCCGCUGCGGCAAAAUCGUCUACCCAACCGAGAAGGUGAACUGCCUUGACAAGUACUGGCAUAAAGCAUGUUUUCAUUGCGAAGUCUGCAAGAUGACUCUCAACAUGAAAAACUACAAGGGCUAUGGGAAGAAGCCAUACUGCAAUGCACAUUAUCCAAAGCAGUCCUUCACAAUGGUGGCUGACACUCCAGAGAACCUGCGCCUUAAGCAGCAGAGUGAACUUCAAAGUCAAGUGCCAGCACUAGAUAGCCCGGUGGUGGCUUUGGUGGCUUUCUCCUCAAAUCCAGCGGAUCCAGAAGAGGCCUUAAAAGCAGAAGAUAAGAGGAUUGAACAAUCUCUUCAGGGAACCUAUCAGGCAGCUACGUGGGCAGUCAAAGCUUCAUCUGCUGCAUCCUUUUUACUAGAGCCUCCUUACGUUGGCUCAGGCAGCUGCUAUUCCAGAGCUGACACAGAGGUUCAGCCAACCAGUAGGGGACAUGUUUGCUUCUCCAAGCAAUUCCAGGCUGCCCAGAUUCUUCACCAGGUUCCUGACCCCAGGUGCGGAAGGGACCAACGCUGUCAGGAGCAGAUGUCCUCAGGGCCUUCUGUAUGCCUUUUCUCCUCUUCCGCUGCUGCCAGCGGUAAUCUGAAAAAUCCUGGAGGAGGGGGUGGAGUCAUACUUCUCACUCCUUAUUGGCCCCAACGUCUCUGGUUCUGGGACCUGGUGAAUCUAUCCAUCACCAACCCGUGGAGGAUCCCUCCAGACAAGAUAUCAUUACAUCAGGGGGCCCUAGUUCAUCCAGAGCCUCAGUGGUUACAACUGACCGCAUGGUGCUUGAGCAGGGCUCUCUGAGAGAGCACAAUAUCUCAGAGAGGGUAAUUCAUAUGAUCCAAGUGGCCAGGAAACCUCUACUGAUAUAUUCAUGAUGCCACCUGGAAGACCUUUUGUCAGUGGUGUGGCAGGGCUGGCCUUCACCCUAUGGAUGCUUCUAUAUUAGAUUUCCUUCAAGAUGGCCUGGACAGGGGGCUCUCAGCCAAUACCCUUCAUAGGCAAGUGGUGGCCCUCUCUUCUCUGCUUCACAUUCACGGGAAGAGGUUCUUGUCCCUCAAUCACACUAUUCGUAGGUUCCUGAAAGGAGCGUCCAAUAUUAGGCCUCCAGUGGUCCAUAGGUUCCCAACUUGGGAACCUCCCUAAGGUGCUCAAGGCUUUGACACAGGCUCCCUUUGAACCUCUUAGAUCCAUUAGUCUACAUAUGUUGAUCAUUAAGGUAGCUUUCUUAGUGACGAUCACUUCAGCCAGGAGAAUUUCUGAAAUGGCAGCUGUCUGUUAGGGAAGAUCUCUGUUAUCUUCCUCCUGGAUAGAGUUAUGCUUAGAUUAGAUCCCAUUUUUGUGCCCAAGAUCAAUUCCUGGUUUCAUAGAGCUCAGGAGCUUAUCUUGCCAAAUUUCUGCCCUAAUCCUUCUCACACCUUGGAACGGGCAUGGCAUACUUUGGAUGUUCGCAGAGCAUUGAAGAUCUAUAUUUGUAGAACAGCAGUUCUUCGUAGAGGCACUUUUUGUGUCAUUUCAACUGGCCACCUUGAGUGGCAAAGUCACGCCAUCGACAGUGGGCAGAUAGAUCUGUUCCUGCACCUCCAGAGAUUAUGAAAGUAGGUCUCUUCCGAUUCCUUGAGGUGUGACUGCGCAUUCUACAUGGAGUGCGGCUACAGCGGCGGAAGGGCCACACAGGCGCCUAUCAAAGAAAUCUGCAGGGCUGCUACGUGGUCUUCGCACUCUCCAUUCAUCAGACAUUAUUGAUUGGACACCUUCGCAUCGGCUGAUGCAGUGUUUGGCAGAAGGGUUCUGCAAAGUGUUCAUGGACAGCAGCAUGAGCAGGACCAGACUUGAGCCCUCCCAUGGACAGUUCAGCUUUGGUAUGUCCCGCUCACUGGACUCUCGUAGCCACAGAAAGGAGAAUGAACAUUGGUCUUACCUGAAUAUUCUUUCUCUUUCGAUGGUGAGAGUCCAGGUCCACCCUUUAUAUGACUGGUCAAGGGCGUGGGUUGGGGGGAGCGAUGAUAUGUGUUUUUUCUCGUUGAAUCUACAGAGACACGUCCAGUCUGUCAAGUUCUUCGCCGAAAGCUGGGGCAUGGCCAACGGCGCAGGUGGAGCUUAAUCAUUUAGGUAGACUCAGUCCAAUCAGCAAGGACAGGAGUCAUCCCCACUCACUGGACUCUCUCACCACAGAAAGAAAAAGAACAUUCAGGUAAGACCAAUGUUCAAUUGAUCAAUUAUUUCUCUCUAGUUCUUUCUCCUUUAAACCUGCCUUAUAAUCAUAUUUGAUAUUCCAUAUUAUGUUUAUUUUGUUUCAAGAUUGGAUUUCAUGCCCCACAAGCCUGUUUGCUAAUUUGAUUUAACCCUGGAAGAGGACUGAGUACAUGCUUUUGAUCAUUGUUUGCAAUCUCAUGGAAAUAUUUUUAAUUUUCAUGUUUUUAUAAGUGCUCUGCUCUUAACAUGUUAAACUUCAUACAGAUCUGCUUUUAGGAAAAAGACUGAACUUAAGUUCCUCUAGCUGAGUAUCCUCACUGCAGAUCCAGGGUGUGAGUAUUAUGACAAGCCACCAUGUUCUGGAGAUGCUUUUAUUACAGAAGCGAUUAUAUAUAUGUGCCAUAAAAUAAGUUGUACGAAACAGAUAACUGAGAAAUAGUUCUUUUUUACCUCUCCUAUACUAUUGGUUAUGUAGUGUCUGAUAGAUUAAUGAGAAGCAAAAUAUCUUUGUUCAAAUAUGAGUUGUGUAUUCCCUGAUUUGAUCAGUGCCCAGUGCUGGCUUUUUAUAGGAAGAUUAACUGUUACCUUAAGAUAACUGAUUUUUACUUCCAUUUUCUCUGUCUAGUUUUGGUGGCUAGAGGAGUUAAUGAUUCAUGUAAAGUGUUACGGUGUCUUGGAGGAAGACCAUUGCAGAGCUCAGCAAAGCUACCCUAACUUCUCUUUAUUGGUCAAAACCAACGCUUAGGGAGGAUUGUUGAAUGUGCCUGAUCAUUUGUAAUUAAGUAUUUACAUUAUUAGCGAAUUCAUUACAACUUUUCCUCCUAAACAACAGAAAUAUGAAAUCCCAUAAAACAAUUCACAUUAUCUCUCACCAACCUUACCCCUCACUGGAGCAUUAGUAAAAGACUGCUUUUGUUUGUAUUUGUGCUUUUAUUUUCCACUGCUGUACACAGCCAGUUUUUCAUGGCCGCUUCCUCAUAUUUUCAUUUGGUCUGUAAGGUAGAUGCUAAAUGACUUUUUCUUACACAUUGCUUUGUUAUAUAAUGAUUGUAUUUUUAGAUUGUUUUGAAUUUGAAAAUACAUGAUAUAUAAGUGAUGCACAGGACAAAUUGCUGAGUUCAGGUAACAUUUUUCUACUUGACUAAUAGAUGACUGUUAGCAUCAACACCUGACUAUAAUCGCUGUGCUUGUUUUGGUGCAAACAGUUAGAUAUAUUUUAAUAAGAACUUCAGGAUAUAAAAUGAAGAGGGUUUAGAAUCUAAAUAUUGGUUAUAUGUUAUUCCAUUUGGUAACUCCUAUAGCUGUUAUUGGACCUUUCCUAUAACAACGUUUGGAACUGAAGUAACUAUGCUGAGUGUUCCUACUACAUACUUCUGACAAUUUUGCUUUUUUAUUUUGAGUAGCUGAGAAGGCGUAACUAGUUCCGAUAGCUUGCCAAAAACACACAAUUAUCUUCUGUGUAAGUAAACAAGUCCUCCAGCUGGAUUAAUUUUAACGCCUGCAGCCCACAGAUGACUGUAAAAUAAGAAUGUUUAUUUCCUGUGGUCUUGGUUUACUAAAUGUAGAAAACUGCAUUUUGAGGGAGAGAAAAUAGGAAAUAAUUUCAGGUUAAACAGCACCUGAAACUUGAGAAUUCUGUAUUUGUUCUUUUGUGAGAGAGAAUGUCCAAUUUUAAGCACCAAUACAUUUUUGUAGCAGCAUAGAAAGAAUACUACAGCAGUGCUUAAAGU